ACUCUCCGGGUGAACCGUCGUUUUCAGUGUGCGCUCUUUUCCACACGCAGGCCCUUUUUUCAGUUAUCUGCGCGCAGCAGCAACAGAGCAGCAGCAACGCCGCGCCGCGGCCCCGAUCAGGAAGUGUAUCUAAAGAAAAUAAGCGACUGUGGAGGUAGAAUGACAUAGAGACGGGGGGAGAGAGGUGGGAGAGAUUUGAGCGGAUAAAUAAAGGCGACUAUAAAAACGGAGGGAGGAAUAAUACCCUGUUUCUGGAUCCGUUUGGGAGCGGCGCCUGUCUAGGAUAAAGGUCCACUGCACCGCUGAAAUAGCAUAAAAAUGCUGAUAAAGGAAUAUCGAGUGAUUCUUCCCAUCUCUGUGGAAGAGUACCAGGUCGGCCAGCUGUACUCUGUGGCCGAAGCAAGUAAGAAUGAGACGGGCGGAGGUGAAGGAGUGGAGGUGCUAAAAAAUGAACCCUAUGAGAAGGAUGGAGAGAAGGGGCAAUACACACACAAAAUUUACCAUUUGCAGAGUAAAGUGCCAUCGUUUGUCAGAAUGUUGGCUCCGUCUUCAGCUCUCAACAUCCACGAGAAAGCCUGGAACGCAUACCCUUAUUGUCGUACAGUUAUCACUAAUGAGUACAUGAAAGAUAACUUCCUGAUCAAGAUCGAGACAUGGCACAAACCUGACAUGGGACACCAGGAAAAUGUCCAUGGUUUGGAUGCAGAAACCUGGAAAAAGGUGGAUGUAGUCUAUAUUGAUAUUGCAGAAAGAAGCCAGGUGGAGCCAAAGGACUACAAGCCAGAGGAGGAUCCUUGCAAGUUCAAGUCAGCAAAGACAGGACGAGGGCCUCUAGGACCAGACUGGAAGAAGGAGCUUCCUAACAAGAAAGACUGCCCACACAUGUGUGCCUACAAACUGGUCACUGUCAAAUUCAAGUGGUGGGGUCUGCAGAAUAAAGUGGAGAACUUUAUUCAGAAGCAAGAGAAGCGCUUGUUCACAAAUUUCCACCGGCAACUGUUUUGCUGGAUUGACAAGUGGAUUGAACUGAACAUGGAUGAUAUUCGGCGCAUGGAGGAGGAGACUCGUAGGGAGCUAGAUGAAAUGAGAGUGAAGGAUCCUGUGAAAGGAAUGGUGGCUCUAGAGGACUGAAACUGUGUUAGACGUAAAUGCUGCCGCUCAUCAGAUUAGACCUGAAACCAGCGGAUUCACUCCUCCUUUUGUCUCAACUGAUACAUCUGUCUGGAUGGUCCAAAUCCUACUCCCUGCAGUACAUUUUGGUCUUUAGGGACCUGGACCCAGUACACUCCCAGUUUUCAACUGAUCUCCUCUACUUCGUCUGUCCUUCCUUGGGUCCCAUUUGUCUUAUUUUUUGUAGUUUUCAUCCGCUAAUUCAGUUUUUUUAAGGCCCCCGGUAGCACCAUUACUGAUAUUGUCAAUCACUCUGUGUCUUUUUGUCUCAGAUUUGUUCUAAAAUACAGAGAAUAGUGAGAAUACUGUCAUUCAUCUCUGUAAUUUAGGACAUAUUCUAUUUAAGAUAUCCCAGUGGCACAUCUAUAUAGUGUACUGUAGUCUGCUGUGUUCCUCUAACCAGCCAGAAAGGAUUUUUCACCUGUACCUACCUUCCUACAUCAAAGCAUUUGUUAGUUUUUUUCUGCUGCUUUGUGAGGUUGUGUGUGUGCACGCUUGUGUUGUGUGCAGGUGUGCGUUUCUAUAGAGCAUUGACAGGUCACCAAAGUUUCCAGCCAUGUUUUUCUUCAAACACAUCAUUUCUAGGUCUGGAUGAACAUGCAGUGAUUGAAAGAUUAUGUCUAAAUCUAUGAAUAUUUAGAUAGAAAUAGUCCGAAAAGAUGCACAUAACCACGGUGCAACUGGAUACUUACAGUAAAUUAAAACAGCCAUAAAUGAGUCGAGGACUGUUUUUUUAAUUUUUCGACAGUGACUUAUUUUUUCUUGCAGUGUCAUUUCCAGUGGAUAAAUGGUAUUAUCCAGCAAAAGCAAUAACUAUCAUGACACGUUGGUCGCCUUUUUUGUGGUGACAAACCUGUUUUAGUCCUUUGUUUGUUCCUGUUGUGAAGCAGAGCCUGGACUGAAUGUCAGGAGCUAAAGAGCUCAACAGAAAAUUAGUUAAAUGCUGGUUUUAAUGUGUCAGUCUUUCAAUAGAGUGUUUUCUCAUUGCUCCUUUCAAUGCUCUUCAUUUUUUUUUUUUGGUAUGUGCAUCUGAGUGAAUGAGUGAUGAUUAGUGAUGUGACAAUUUGCAGAGAGCUGAUGAAUGAUUGGUUGAAGAAGUAAGGAACAGCUCGCUCAACAGCAUUGUUUUCCCUGUUAUAUCGUCUCUUUUGUGUCUGUUGUUAUAAUUUACUUUUCUUUUUCUUUGUUUAUGGAUUUAAUUUACUUAAUUAAUCCAUGUAUUUUAACAGGAGAGCAUGUAAGAGAUCAUAUAGAGGAGCCAAUAAAUGGUACUGGUCCUUAGAUUAUUUAUAUUUGGAUCGCUACAAAAAACUGCCACAAAAACAAUCCAUGCCUUGCAUGCGGAAGAUGAUGUUUUACCCAACAAUAUUAAAUAGUGCUACAGAUUUUAAUCAAUUUUAAUCACAAUAAAAUACUAAAUAUUUAUUUUUGGAACUUUAUGUCCAACGAAUUCAAAAGCUCAAUUCUGGACCUCUAUUUGGAGACUAUGUAAAUAUUUAUUUGCAAAAAAAUAAAUCUAGAAAAAGUUCUAUUUAGGGCUUUUCAUUGGAAUUUAUUAGAAAUAAACCACCUUAAGAACAGUUAUAGGUUGUUUUUAAAACAGCCGGAGCAGUUUUUAUUGUUUUAACUUGGCAUUUUACAGGGGUUGACCGAUCUCUCUGUUAUAGAAAUUGUGUUUAUGAGGAAACUUUUAAGAAGUUCAGAUAAGUCAUCACAAUGUCGUUUUUGACUUAAUUUAGUCAUAAAAUCGACAUGUUUUCCAGUAAGAUUUCAGUCAUACAAGAAAACAGAUUUCUUGUCAGUUUACUUUCUCCAGACAAAUUCAACCUUUAAGUUUUGCUUUGUUUAUUUCACAGUGAACCCUAAAACUGAACUGACCCUUUGGGCAAUUGAACAAAUAAUGUGAACUUAAAUCAAUGAAGAGAGCAGCUAUUAUAAUUUAGACUUUAUAAAAUCUUCUUUUAUAAUGUUAGAAGUCUUUUUUCCUUUCUCACAGUGCUGUAUGAUGUACUAAGUCACUGACCUCACUAUCAAUGGAAAAAAGUGCCACAAUUCAAUAAAGAAAUAAUUUCAUGAAUAAAUAUUUACAUUUGUGAGAAUUUAAAUAAAAUGUUAAAAAAUACAUUAAAGAAAUAAAAAUAUCGUUAUUAAACAGUUUCAUAAACAAAUUUAUUAAAUGACUAAAUUACUGAAUUAAUUGUGUACUCACAACUCAACUACAGACCAAUCACUUUGUCUAUGGCAGUGUUAGCCCCACCCACUUGCAUUGAUAGGUGUAGGUUGGCAGAUAAAAUAAAUUCAUGACAACCUGCAACACAGGAUUAAAUACUGAAAUAUUUAGGCAUCCUUUUAACAUAAUGAAUGCACAUUUUAAGUAAAUAUUUUCACAUUUGUGUUUUAAUUAUUUGUUAUAAUUUUUCAUUCAUUAUAGAUACAUUUAUUUUUUGUCUUUAAUGAAUGAGUUAUAUUUAAAUUAAAUGUACAAAUGUUUUAUUUAACAUAUUUUUGAUGCAUUGAAUUGUGGCACUUUUGGCAGCCUAUAACUGCAUCCCAUUGUUUUUACCUCCCCUUUGAAGAGACCAUGGAUGGCCAGCCCCGCUCCACGUCUGUCCUUCAAUCACCCCGCUCUGUCUGGGUCUGUCAACUGAAUCAUGGAGAUUUGUGGAUGUACUGUGUGUACUAACUUUGUAAAUAGUUAAUAAAUUAAUGUAGAUGAACACAGAUAUAUAUAUAUGGAUGAGACUGUCCUGCCAAGUGUGCAGCAUCCCUGCAAACUGAGAACCCCUCUUUCGAUCCACCGUGGAACAUCCUCAUUGACUCCUGCAGAAACAAUUGAAGGAUAAGAUGUAGAGUUGUGGUUGCUAAAAUUUAGUGUGGGUAGGUAGUUGCAAAGUACAAUGUAUAAUGUAUCUAUUUAAAAAAAUAUAUAAUUUUUACAUAUUAAAAUUUAGCAAUAGCUAGGAGUUGUUCAUAUUCAGAAGAGGACAUUUGAAGUGAAACAAAUGUCACUGUUCACUGUCCUCAAAUCAAACCCUCAGAGGGGACAACGUUUCACUGGCAGGACAGUGUUUAAAUAUAUAUUUUUGUUCUGAAUGUUGUAGUACCUCUAUUGUCAGUCUCUGGAUUACACUCUUUUCUCUCGCUGAAAAGGUAAAGAUAACAGAAGCUUGGGUCAGUACAUUGAGCCACAUCACCAGCUGAUGGUGUCGAAGUGGAUCCUUUGUGCCAGAUUGUCGGAUUGUUACGUACCUGUUGUUGGCCAUGAAGGGUGGUAAUCCUACAUGCCCUUCAACGGAAGUGCAGAAGUAGCAUAAUGAGGAAUGUGGUUUGCAACCAGAUACUGAGAGAAGGGUGAUUUUAAGAGCUUGAAGACACAAAAGUUAUGAGAGAACAUAUUUUAACAGAGACAAUCUCAUAUAUCUCUUUUUAGAUUCCUUGAUUUAUAAUUGGAGUAUGAAGAAACCAAAUGGUCCCAUAAUCCCAAACUGUUUUAAAUCUUUCUGUCUCUCUUUUUCUCUCACUCCAGUUAACUUGUCUCCUAUAUUUUUCUUUUAUUGUGAAUUUGUGCCUUUUUGUCAUCUUAUUCUCUAAUAACACUACUGUACAUCAGAGACGUAAAGAAAUUAUUAAAGAAUCAAAACGACUAUACAAA